AGCUGGUGAGUUCGCUCGGAGUGAAGACUGCACAUGCGUGCACUUUCAUCGCUGUUAAGCCUCAUCUGGCAAGAUGGAUAGCACAGGCUGUUUCAGCGUAUAUUGGAAUCCGAUUCGUGGAUUCUGUACACGCUAACACUACGAAGGAGAGUACCAAAGUGCAAUGCCAUGAUGUUUGUACAGCUUGUAUAAAGAGGUGACUCUUGAGAAGCCCAACGGGUAUGUGUGUCUUCUCUAGAAUCUUCAGUCUGUAUCGUCACUCAUGUGUAUUGUCCAAUAAACACGGAGCAGACCGUAAGAAAAAAAAAACCAUAUUCAGCAACUAUCGCUCCGGUAGAGAAUACGACGCGCAAUUCCAGAGAGCGUUUUUAAUUUGUAAACUCUGAUAAUUGUAUAUACAUAUAUAUAAAGAGGAGGUGGAAGGUGACGGUAGUGAAACCUGUUCUAUCUAUUUCUUCGCCCUUUGUACUGUUAAUCUAGGAGGUAUGUUAUGCCACUGGAUUCGUUGUCAUAUGCUCGCAAUUUGUGUAGAGGCACAGUGAAGCGCGCAUGAAGCACGGGUACACCGAUAUGUUGGUAUUCUUAUCCUUUUGUUAUGGAAUUGUGUCCUCCGUGCAUAGGCAGGCAACAGUAAUUCGUGGCGCGUCUAUGUGUGUAUACAUGUAGGAGCAACUACUCCUGCACGCGCACUUGCAACCACACGUAUGUUCCUGCUGUGCAUGCGUCCUUUCGUGGGCGCGUAGGUACAUACGUUGAAGAGUCUGCCAAGUGCCGCACACACCAAGAAACAGUCACGCUCUCCAAGAAUCAUGUGUUGCCGUUGUUGUGUUUUCAUUCCUGGUGACGAUCCCUCGUUUCCAGCAAGUAAGGUCGCGCAAGAAAUUAUUUUCGGUGAGGUUCACCCUUAUUUUUUUCUGCGACGGUUAGCUGCUUACACGACUCAGUGGAAGCUGUGCACUGCCAGUGGUUCUGUCCCGAUUCAACGGGCUUUUGCUUUUUCCACCUAACCCCGGAAAAAAAUAUCACUGUGCCAGAGGAGAGUGUUUGAAACGCAACAGAUAAUAAACUGUGCUCGUGGGUACAAGUGGCAGUGCCGUCGAUCGUAUGGUGAAAGUGUUGUAUGAGUCAAAUGUACUGCAGGACGUUUAUUGCCACGGGCAAUCGUUCGACUGACUUUUGGUGGUUGCAACCGUCGUUUUGUCACCAGUGUCAUGUCUCUGUUGCUUGCUUCGUUCUUCUGUCGCUCGUCCCCAGCUGGUAAGUACCGUUCGUUUCCUGCGGCUCUAUUUCGUCUUUGGUCAAUAGUUUCACGGUAGCACCCGAAGUCUCGUUUGUCCUGUUUGGGGAGGCUGGAAAAAAAGGAGCAGGACGUCUAGAAACGGUGGCGUCUCACGAGGCCAUUCACUCGUGACAGGGAGGGCAGAGAAAGACAUGUUUGAGAACAGAAAGCAAGCACCCCGGGAGGAUCCGGUUCCUCCACGUGACUCACAGGAAACCGCGAGAUGUUGUGCGAGCCUUCUCUCUCAGAGUUUCCCGUUUCCGGUGAACGGAAAUCGAAUUCAUGUAUCCACCUUUGUGCGGCGCUAAAUUGGCACCAGCGAGUGAGUUCGGAGGGUGAAAUAUCUUUACAGCCACCAAUUCGCUGUUCCCUUCGUUCUCCACUCUGGUUCUGUGUGUGCUUACACAUUUACUUCUCCCUUUGCGAGUCGCUUGCUCUAUAGGCAGUAUUUGAUUUGUGUAGGAGAGACUUCGGUGGCUUCAAUGUGGGAAUAAGUUUUCACGUGGUGACGUCGUUUCUGUCGGGGAAUACUGGUCACACUGCAAGUGCAGGAAGUGGUAUGUUAGUGCGAAUCCUUCGUUGUGUGUUUGGGUGCAUGCAACGCUGCCAAUCGUCACCGGUCUCAUAUAGCCAGACUUGGCGGUGCUCGCUCUUCUCUUUCAGCAAGUAUGUCCACGGAUUACAAGUCAUAUGGUUUUCGCUGAGCUUUUCCCCGUAUAUUGUGUCAAAGACUCGCCCGUCUCCGGUGCCUGCUGACGGUGAUGUCUUCACACGAGUUAUGUAGACGUCUUCUGGAUGUCUCCCACAGUACGUCGUCAAUCCAUCUUUUGGAUCGUCCAGUGGAGGCGCUCGUUAUCAUUGUGAGCUGGUAGCAGAGGAAAUCGUAGUACUUAGAGAUAGAUAAAAAAGUGUCACGCGUCACAGUCUGCUUGGUACAACGACUGUUAUUGUUUCGUCGUUCUGUUACACAGGUUAGGCGGGUAAGUGCACGGUUGUGUUUUUUCUGAACCACAAAGACACUGUUCUGUUGCUGUGCUGAAUGAGGGCGGCCUGUUGCUGAUCGUUCGACAUUGAGCGGAAGACAAAGGAACAGCAUACAGCUUGAUGUUUGCGGGUGGCCAGCGGUGUGUGUUUUUUUCUCAUUUGCAUUCAUGCUGCUUCGAACGCUGCUUCCCUUUAAGAGGAGAUAUCAAGAACGCGAUGCGUCGAGUGGUGACGAGGUCCCCGAAACUUUCGAGACAUGCCACUCCAGAGUCACGAUAUCGCCGGUACUUCGGCGAUGCACAUUUGCCGUGAUGGGGUACUUCGGAAAUAUGAGUGAUCACGUGGUUUCUGUUCUAUUUCACGGUUUUCUUCAGGAACGCAGAGACACUCCUCGACCUCACGAGGCUGCCCAUCAACUUCAUGAGACUACCGCGGGUGCUUUACGACCACGGCGAAGACGCACGGUGUCAGGGGAUGGCGGGACCAGUGUGACCCGGAUAAUUCUGAUCGGCGGAAUUGCUUUAUUUCUUACCAUAGUGGCUGGAAUGGUCCUUUACAAAAUGAGAAAAAGGUCUUCGAGCAAGCGCAAAGGUGUACAAACAGCAUAUAAACGUAGAGGGCGGUCUAGUCGAAAACUCGCUCGGUCAGGGUCCGAGUCAUCUACAGCGGAUGGUGGGACUGACGGUAAGCCUGCUCCGCAUACACCUCAGCGUUUUCGACGAGCUCCCUCGUCUCUCAAAAAGCGAAACGAGUGAAGAAGACGCCACCUGAACUGGAGUUAAAACCCUCGCCGGCACCGUCGACUUAGCGGGAUGGCGGUGAGGAAGGGAACAACAAAGGAAUGGAAGAGUGAUGAGCGAAUAUGAAGGAGGAAGCAAGCUUCAGAAGAAGGCAGAGAACAAGAUAACCGCCAAAUUUUCAGUCGUGUGAAACGAGGGUUUUGGGUUGCGAGGGACGGUAGCAAGGCACAUCAAACUGUUUUGACAAGCAAACGUCAGUGCCGCGUGUUGCAACAGAUGAUAUCCUUUGAGUGAGAUGCCCAGAACGACAGCUUCAUAUUUUGUUAUUUGUCGUAGUUGGAAGGGGAAUGAAGUCGUGCUUCAAACGGUCGAAUGUGGGUAGCUCGGGAGUUCUGCUCUCAGUGAGUGGAAGAUGUGAAGUGCACGAGUUGGUAGAGCGGUGGCAUCUGGUACACAGUGGCCGUGUAACAAGGCACUGCACCGUAUCACUGAGUCCCUGCAAGAGCUGCAAGAUACCAGAAAAUUGUAGUGAUCCAACGAACGGAGCUGCGGCACCGGAGUUUGGUUCAUUGUCUCAUCCGUUCGAGAGGCAGAAGCCAAGAAUUCCGAAACAGUCGAGUGACCAGUCUUUCAGUGGGGGGGGGGGGGGGGGGAAAUCGAAUGUCCGUCCGUUUGUAACCUUCAAAGCAGGCCGCCUCGCGUAUGUGCCGAAUGCCAUUCUUUUCCGUCUUUUCAACAUGUGAUCAAGUUGUCCGUGUUUUAAGUUGGCUAAACGAAGCACACUGAUAGCGGCCUUGUUUUUUCCUUAAUAGAACUGUGAGAACUGUGACGCCAACGAGACAAGCCUGGGAUUCAUAUCGGGUAUCGAGGAAACCUAUUUGCAGUGACACCCUAGACCCUUUUCUUUUGUCACCUGCAGUGUCCCUUCAAGGAUGGUAAGGCCUGAGAGCUGUCGUAUGUCUGGGAAGUCACAGUGCCCCGGAGCCGUCCGGUUACCCAACCGGAACCGCUGUUGAAGCCUGGCAAAGCAAGAGCGAUUGUGGUAUUGGUGAAUUUGUUGAGACCGUUAAAGACGAGUCGCUGGAUGCGCAAGACAACAGGGUGUCACUUUUUCUGUACUGUGUUGUACUACUACGCGGUAGUUACAACGACGCUUCAGGGCAUUAUGCCCAGGGUUUUGGUCCAAAAGCAGGCUUCGUGCCACAGAGAAUUUCUGAGCAGACACAUGCAGUACCUGGUGUGAACAACAGCCGUGUGAAGUUACGUUAACGGGUUUUCAAUUUAACUCACCAACAAGCAUAACUCACUGGCCAGAAAUCCACCGGGGAAAUUAGUUCUGAUGCAUGAAGACGACCGUGCCUGACAGCGACGCAUACCCCA